UAUUUAUAAUAAAUUAAGACUUAUUUAGUUUUUUAAAUUCCAAAUUUUUGUAUUAAAAUGGGGACUGAUUAUUUCAAAUGCCUUAAAGCUCCUGAAAUGUUUUCAUUUCAAUUUAUUAUUGAAACUGUUACAAUAUUAGAAGGAGAAAAUCAAAACAUUGAUCCAUCAACUAGGUUUGAACUCGUUGAAGUACCAAAUAUUCCGGAAGGUGAAAAUAAUGUUGCACAGACAAAACCUCAAGGCCAAGAGAGUCAGCCAGGGAAAGAAAUACCCAAUGAUGGAAAGAAGAAAGGAAAAGGGAAGAAAAAGGGAAAGGAUAAAAAGAAAGACAAACGGAAGGGAGAUAAAAAAAAACCUCCAAAAAAAUCUGCUCCUGAAGAAGAGCCAGCAAUGGUAACUAAACGAAAACAUAUUUAUCUCCCACCACUGAGGAUAGGCCUCAGAUAUUUUUUCAAUCGAACUGUCACCGUGGAACAAAUUGACCUCCCUGAAGUCUUUGGAACAGAAGUUAAGCAACAAAAGGAUACAAAACCAAUCAAUAACUUAGCUUUUGAUAGAGGAAAAAAAGGUAAAAAAGCAAAAAGAGAUAAAAGAGGAAAAAGAGACAAAAGAGGGAAAAAGAAAAAAGACAAAAAGAAAAAAGUUAAAGAAGCUAAACCACAAGUAAUUCCAAGAGAGCCUUCCAUGGAGUGGGUAUCAGACAAUUACUACAGUCCUGAAGAGCUUUCUUGGAGAUUACCUGCAGAAGACAGCUUCAGAAGAGGUCUUAAUAUUACAUUUCCAGCAACUUCUGAGCAGAUGAUCUUAUGGUUACAGCGAGGCCCAAUCAAAACAUCUGUGUACAGAUGGAAAGGAUAUGGCGACAAUAUACCAAUUGGUACCGCUAACUUAUAUUUUGAUUCAAGCCCUUUCAUUGAAAUGAUUAUAAGGAGGGCACAAAAGAAAGAACUCGGUACUGUUUCAUGUAAAGCUGAAGAUGUUGCGGACAUUGUAGAUCCUCAGGGAGAAAAGAUUGGAGAGAUAAGUGCAUUUUUCUCCUUAAUAUGUAACGGUGGUACAGUCAUAUCUGAAUAUCUGAUUAGCGAAAAAGGUGUAUUUGAUUUUCUUGGUGAGGAAGCUGAAACAAAAGACACUUGUGAAACUUGUGGGAAGCUUGGAUCCAAUUAUGGUUACGAAUUGAUGGAGGAUAAAACUAUUGCUGUUGUACCAGCUUCAGUUAUGUUUGAUAACUCUCCUUUUAUGACCACAAAUAAAUACAAAGAGUACACAGAGGCCCUUUUUGAAAUUUUAACGUCUCCCAAUCCAGUGUCUCAGCUCGGUCAAUACGUUGAGAAAGUGGCUGGAACUGGUAUUUCUUCGGAUGAUAUAAUUGUUUAAUCGAAAUAUAUGUUCAGACUCCAA